GGCGUAAGAAACCCCCCGGCUUUCGGCAGCAAGGAGAUUGUGCGACUCAAUGCACAUCCCAGACUUUCGGUGCUUGAUGGUAGGUCGGUCAGAAAAAGGCCUGGGGAGUGGCUCGACACUCGACAGGCUCGCUCUCUCGCCGCUGGGCAAAGGCGAAAGUCGCAAGUACCUUCCAUGGCUCGUCGUCAGGGAGGGUAGGGCCGAACCAGUAGGAAGGACGCUUGGACGAGGAAACCUGGGACGAAGACUCGACGGGAGGGUGGCCAAGGAGGGCACUCGGACAGCAAGAGGACGGAUGGCCGACGGAGUUUGGUUUGGCGGUACGUUGGAGAAUUGGCUCGAGAUUCUCGUGUGGACAAGAUGCGGCUGGGGCUUGCUCAUUGCUAGUGCUGGCGGCCAAGUUGACCUCAUCGAGACAUGGCGGAUCAUGAGAGGGGGGGAUAUGAAGCUGGAGCAGGGGGCCAGACGGGUAUCGCAUGAAGGAAACGCGUUUCACGCAUACCUUAUUUCUUCGUCGCCCAGCUGGGGGAGGACUUGUGGUCUUGGGGUCCCAUUCUGGAAUUUCAAAUCGGCGACUAGGGGGGGAUCCUUUGGGGCGGUUCCUAAAGAGACAAACGAGGUGCCGCGAAUCAGAUGGCUGGGCAGUGGACAAGUCGGUCGACUCUGUGGGCACGGGGGAUGUCGAUCAGACGUAAAAAGAGGGCUUGGAAGGUGACGGAGUCGGCGAUGAUGUGUGGUGACGAGGUGGAGAUUGGAGAAAAUGCAGGGCAGGCCGCAGAUGAGAUGCUGAUGCGCAGUCAUGGAGCAGAUGACGGAUGGGCAGAUGAGACGAUGAGAAGAGCCCAGGAGGCAGACGAGGCAGUGACGGAGACGGAGAAGGGGACAGAAAGAGACUCAGCCAGGGUUGAGACUAUCGAAUCACGGAAGGUAAGAAGGGGAGGUUCAGACUUCGAAGUAGGUACGGAAGGUAGGCGCCAGGGACGGGAGUUGAGUGCAAGAUGAUUGAAGGAGGAAGAGAUUGCGAAUCUUGGAAGCAGCGACAUGG